AUGAAAAGAUCUGUGUCUUUGAAUCAAAUACUGAAUGGGAACCCUAUAUCUAAGAGAACUAAGCUGAAUGGGAGCAAAGUAAAAGGAAUAUCGAAAGACCCAGAGACUGUCGACCUUGUGGAACUACCUGAGCAGGUAGACCUCGAUAAUGUUCAAACAAAUAAACCAAAAAUUAUUCCUGUUGGUGAUAAUGUAUCCAACGUCUCGGUGAAGACAUUUCUAAUGAGGAAACCACCAAAGUUUAAUAGGCAAACUAAAACAGAAAUAAAAUCUUCAAAAACGAGCCGAUAUAAAAAAGAUGUAGUACCUUUAGAUGAUUUAGAAGAUACAGCUGAUGAAGGAGAUCACUUGAAAAUGCAAGAAGUAAUAAAUUUGGAGAACGAACAUUUUGAAAAAUUGAUUAAUCCAAAAAAGUUAAUUCAACCAAUAUCCAAUGUAAAGAAGACCAACUUAAAGGAACUACUAGUGAAUAUGAGAAACAAUAAUCGUAAUACUGCUACAAAUACAUAUGAAGACGAAUAUACUACAAAGCCCUUCAGGAGAUGUAACAGUGUUUCCAAAUUAGAUAAUUUACUACCACCUUUACCCCAUACUCCGUUGACUGAACCAUUUGAAUCUUUUAAUAACAUCACUUCCAAUAAUAAUGAUAUUGAACUAAAACAGUUACACAAAAAGAAUUCAGGUGUUAUUUCAUACCAAUACCAAUUCGAGCCCCAGGAGUAUGAGUCCCUUAAAAGUAGAAUUAAUAAACAAGCGGAAUCACACAAAUUUCAAACUUCUAUAAGAAAUGGCACACAUGCUACACUUUGGACUCAAUUGUUUCAACCCCAUAAUAUAGCUGAAAUCUUAUUAGAUACUAGACUAAAAAAGUCAGUUAAUGAAUGGAUAAUAAAUGCUUUUGAAAAAUUAAAGAAACCAACUACAAGAUAUUCACUUUUCAAAAGCCAAAAAAAUAGAAAAUCUUUAGAACCUGGUACUAUAUUAUUCGAUGGAUUUAUUAUACCUGAUGACAUGGUAGAAGAGCAAGAAGAGGAAAAUGAACUAGAAGAAUUUGUGCCCUUGAUGAUUUUGCAUGGGGACGGCAUUGGCAAAACAAUUCUAAUAAACACAAUAAUGAAUUCGCUAAAUGGUCAAGUAUUAGAUAUUAACAGUUCACAGGAUCGAAGCAAAAAAGAACUUUUAGACACAUUAUCAGAAUAUUGUACUUCUCAUUAUGUGAAAGUCAAAAAAUCUUAUGGUAUAAUUCUAUUUAAUGAUGUUGAUGUGUUGUUUAAAGAGCAUGACAAACAAUUUUGGGUUAUGGUGGAGACUUUACUUCUCAAAUCUAGAAAACCAAUCAUAUUACUUUGCAAAGAUAUAAAUUUUAUCCCUACAAAUUUAAUUGAACUAUGUGAAGACAGUAAAAGUAUAUUUGAAGCUAAAAAGGUGUCAACAAAGAGUGUAUUGGCAUUCCUUACUGAAUAUAUGAAAACUUUGGGGUUAGAAAUUCCAAAAGAUAUAUUACUAGUGAUAAUUAGGUCAAACCAAAAAGAUAUCCGGAAAUGUUUAUUACAAUUACAAUAUUUAUUUGCCUAUAACAAUUCGUUAGCUGUCAAUCAUAAAUCCCUUCAAUAUAAAAUAAGACUACCAGAACUUCAAUCUAUUUCAGACUACAGCGAAAUCUAUGACCUAAUCUCCUUUGCUGAUAUAUUAGACACUAAUACAAGAACAAAAUCAUUGAUUCCAAAAGAAAUAGAUAGUACUCUUAUGACAUCAGAAAACAUUCUUAUACUAGAUAGAAUAGAAGACGAACAAAUGAGACUUCGAAAUGAUUACUUGAUAGAUUAUAGGUUACAUAUAAUGAAUAAUUUAAGGAAUCCACUGAUGCCAUUUGAAGUUAAUGUUGGUCAAUACAUGCAUUAUCAAUUAAAAGAAUAUGAAGGCAAAUGUCCCAACUCUAGUAGAACUUUGAAAGAUAUAAACAAAAAAUCCAUUCAUUAUUUAAGUUCUAGAAUACCAGACUACAACCUGUCAACUGUUAGAAGAACAAGAAAUUCUAGAAAGCUUAUAGAAAUCUUAGAUAAGUUCCAAGGUAAAAGUAAUUACAAAAGACCUGAGGAUGAUGACAACAGCGUAGAAUUCGAUUUUUUUACUACGACAAAUAAGAAUUUAGCACGAGAGAUAAAUCCAUACGUAGUACAUUUAGCUAAAUCUGACUUAUCUUCUAAAAAAUAUAACCAAAAACAAUUUAAGGAACUAUCAAAAGACAUCCCUGAAUCUGAACACCGAGAUCUUGCUCACGACUUAUUGACAAGAGGAAUAUUCAAGACUGUAUGGUUUUAUGCUAAUCCCCAGGAAGUCAUAGAUUGUUGGUCAUUAAAUACGCCAGAACACUGA